GAGGAGCAGAUCUGAUCAGAGAGCCAGACAACAGAAUACACAAUCAGCUGGCGGGCUCCCCUGUCUAUACUGUACGUAUUUAUGCGGGGAAAUCAUCAAGCUGGCGGUUGUUCUUUUGCUGAAACUAGCUCACUGAUUUACCAUUUUGUUGAAUGCUAGUCAGCAGUGAGUCAGUCAGAGUUCUUUUCAGACUUCGUUUUCAACCGAGGAGUGCCUGAUCGCAUCCAGAGAUUUGGGGAUUUUGGAAUUUGAGAAUCGAAGAAGACGGAAGUCUGGAAGUAGCCGGAAGUUUUGAUGAUCAGUAACCGUUAACACACAGCAUAAUCAUGGAGUCCAACAACAGAUCAACUGACAGCGUAGAAAAUCAAAACCAGACACUUUUCCAGGACACCGGUCAAUCCACUAGUAUCCUGAUCAACCUGAACAACAUGCGAAAAAAGGGUCUGCUUACAGACACAACAGUUCAUGUUGGUCGCCAAAGGUUCCCCUGUCAUCGUGCAAUACUAGCUUGCUGCAGCGAGUACUUCCUUGCGAUGUUCUCCAGUAACUUACGCGAGAGCGGGGAGGGAGAGGUGUACAUCGAAAACAUCAACCCAAAAGUUCUGGAGAUGUUGAUUGAGUACGCAUACACCUCGACGAUCGUCAUCAAUGCUGCUAAUGCUCAGGAGCUAUUGGAGGUGGCACAUCGUCUGCAGUUCGAGAAGAUCGUCAGAGCGUGCUGUGAUUUCAUUGAGAGCAAUCUUGAUCUGUCCAACUGCCUCGGGGUGCUCCGAUUUGCCGACAAGCAUUCCUGCAGUAUGCUCUAUAAGGCUGCAUUGAAAUUCAGCCUGGAAAGGUUUGAGGAGGUCUGCCAACAGGAGGAGUUCCAACAGCUGUCGUUCACUCAGCUUGCAGAGUACCUCUCCCGCGAUGCGUUACACGUAAGAGACGAAGAGGCAGUUUAUCGCAGUCUGAUGCUGUGGAUGGACUCUAAUAAGGAUUUCAAUUCCUCAAGUCUGCAUCUUCUGUUGAGAUGUGUUCGUCUUCAUUAUCUAAGCCCGAAACUACUUCAGUCUCUUGCGGACAUCCCAGAAGUCUCUCAAUGUCAAAGUAACCUUGACUUAAUCCGUGAAGCUAUAGACACCCAAAAGAGAUUACAGAAUGGUCUGGAUGAUGUACAGUGUGUUAGUUGUGCAAAGCCAAGACUUUCCACCAUGGAGGAGGUGAUGGUAGUCGUGGGGGGUUACGGAGCAAAUCACGGCUGCAUCACCGACGUGAGAUUCCUGAACCCUGUUGCCAAAAAGUGGGAGACCUUCACCAGGAUCCCAGAACCCCUGAGCGGUUUUUCGGUCACAAACCUAGACAGCUCCAUUUAUGUCAUUGGUGGCAAACUGAAAACCAUAUUUUCCAGUUCUGUGUACAGAUACGACUAUGAGAAUGACAAAUGGCACACGAUGGCGGACAUGAGUUGUUCGAGGCAGUACCACAGCUCGGCCGUGAUCGGGAAAUCCAUCUACGUCGCUGGAGGAGAACAAAAGUUAGAGUUUGUCUCUGAGGUGGAAAGCUUCAAUGCCAGUACUAACAAAUGGACAACCGUCACUAACCUACCGCAGCCCGUUAGUGGUCCGGCUGUGGCAACACACCGUCUGAAAUUAUACGUCAUCGGUGGUCAAGAAAGCCAGUCCACCACCUACGGUCACAUUCAAUGUUUCGACACCGAGAAAGUGCAGUGGUCAAUCAUUAAAACGGUGCCCAUUACAAGUCGCCACUUUCCCGCCCUGACUCUUAACGGAUACAUCUAUAUUCUCGGAGGGUGCGGCCGCAACGGUAUUCAAGUCUACGAUCCUGACACGGACUCGUGCCUACCACCGAUGAACAUGAGCAGCACGGAGAGGCAUCUGUUCGCCGCCGCUGCAAUCAAGAGCCGGAAUCUGAUUCUGGUGGCUGGGGGGAUGCGUAACUACCAGGCUCUGACCACCGCCGAGGCUUUCCAUCCCUUAAGUAACUCCUGGUCGAGCGAGACUGAAAUGCCACAUGCUCUCAGGGUGCAUGGGUGCGGUGUGUCUAUUCGGAAGUACUUAGGACCACCUUUUUACUGAGGAAUUGCCACUAAGAACUAAAACCAUCUGUUGAGCUCUGACUGUUAUCUUCAAGCAACACACUGAAAUCCACACUAAAAAUGAAAGGUGUAUGUUAGUCCUAAUCACGGACUCAUUUCGUUUGAUGUAGGCCUACAUGAUUGUGUAGUGUAUACAAAAAAAUAAUUCUGUGAUAAGGGCUAGUGGGAAUCCAUAUUCUAUUUAUUAGACUCAAAAGUCAACAUUUAAACGCGAUAUUACACUGAAGAGUUGUUCUAUUUCAACUGGAAAGAAAAUGACAAGACCUCCUGACUUGUCCACUCAAGAGUUUACUAGCCGACACUAAAACUACUGGCCCGUGGUCCAAUUUCAAAUUUGAGCCCUGUAUUAAAGCACAUUGUAUUGUAAGUCGCAUAACGUGUAUGGAUAGUAUGUAACAUGCCAUAUAAGCUUGCAGUACCUUGUACAGGUAUUUCAUAAGAGAAGUUCAUUAAAAAUCAAGUAAAUAUUUUGCUGGCUUGCAUAAUACACAGGGACUAGAGCGUACACUCUUUCCAUAAACAGUUUUAAGAAACCUUGAAAAUCAGUAGAGCCAUAAUGGUAUAAUAGGGAUACAUGUUCUCGGUUGAACUACCUGAGUAAAUGAAGUUAAGUUUUUUGUGAGAUAUUUUAUAUUAUUUGAAAAAAAUUAUUCCAAAAUAUUUAUUGAAAAAUGAGGUUCUGAGAACCAAUUCAUAUGACGAAGCCCCCUUUUAAAAAUGUAUUCUAAAUAUGUAUCAAGCUUAAAUUAAAAACCUGGUUCUGUGAUCCACAAUUAUUUAUUAAAACAGUGGUAACUGCAUCAGGGAACAAACCCCAACCAUUUUGGUAAAUAUCUUUUUGCUAGAUACAUACUGACUAGACUAGAGUGCUUAAAAACUUGCCUUGCCUGUUGAAGUUGAAUAAUAUUUACAUAAUGUGUGAAUUAUAUUGAUAAAAGCUUGCAAUAUAAUUGUGUGGCUGUGUGUAUUUGGCAAUGCAAUGCAGUAUCAAUUCAAGUAAUUAAUGUAAGUUACUAAUUCUUAACUCUAUAAUCUAAAACACUGUUAUUGACAGCGUGUAUGCAUUUGUACCAUCCAUUAAUUUAAAGGGAAAGUACACAUUUGGUAAUUACUCAAAACUCAUAUUAACUUAAAACCGACUAGGU